AUGGUCUACGGCCGACGCGCCUGUCCAACUGCGGCGAGCAUGAAAUCCAAGCCUCUCUACGUCUGGUACGACUUCUUGUGCUGCCCACAGGAUGGUUCAGCUCUCGCGAGCCAACACCGAGAGCAGGCGAUACAGAGUAUACCCUCCUACGUUGCACAGUGCGAGUUCUUCAUCAUUCUUUGCCCAGCACUGGAGCACGCAGAGCACCGGAAGAUGCUUUCGCUUGAGACAUGGGCUGAGAGAGGCUGGUGCCGUGCUGAGAAGAUGGCGCAGGAACUCGCAGCUCGAACGGAUGGCUACAGCAUCGUCAUCGAGAGUGCCACGCAUGCCGUGCUGGUCUUCGACAUUCAAAGAUCGAAAGAUGCGCCGGGGACUGGGAAAUACACCUGGGAAGCAGACCGGGCGACGAUUGGGCCCGUGAUGGUGCAAUUGGUUUGGAACAAGCUCCUGUUUUUUCUUGAGCGAGGUGACUUGCACAGGUAUCGGUUCCUGCUGAAUGAGCAAAUGCCACGCUGCUUCCAAGGCCUUAAUGUCGAGGCCAUCGACGGCUUGGUUCCAGGCUUCGCCACGCGUAUUGACCCCUUCGAGGACCCCCGCGGCUUCAUGCUGGCAAGGUUCCUGUAUCAGAAUGGCUUCCGAAGCGCCGUCGAGCGUGACGCUGCGGGCUGGUCUCCGCUUUGCUACGCAGCCGUGAGCGGCAAUGCAGAGAUAGUGCAGGCCUUGCUGGACAGUCGAGCUGAUCCAAACGACGCCAUCAUGAAGGCGAAGAAGGAGAUACAGAUGCCCAGGCGCCUAUCUGCUGCCUCCCUGGCCGCCAUCUACCAUGGCAACGCCGCCCUUCGCACGCUCCUGGAGGCCGGAGCCCGGGCCAAUGCCCGUGACAGCAUCGGCGCAACCGCCUUGCAUUGGGCAGCUCUGUCCAACAAUGGGGAGGGUGUGCGGCUUCUGUGCUCCGCCGGCGGUGACGGCACCCUGUGCUGCUUUCCGAGCAUGACGGCCCUGCAAGUGGGGUGCGCCUGCGCCUCUGUAGAGGCCAUGCGAGUGCUGAUGUCCCAGCCGACCACAGCGAACCUCCGGUUUUGCCUGCACUUCUCCGUGAUCUUUCCUGGGGGCUACGCUGGGACCAUUGGAUUGCUGAUAGAGGCCAGGGCUGACGUCAAUGAGCAGUUCAGCACGCGCCUUGGCCAGGACAUGUGGUGGCCGGUCAUGAACCUGGCAAGUGUCCGGCACAGGAUCAGCCCUUCGAGGCUCACCAUGCUGGCCUACCACCACUCUGGGGCCACCCCGCUGAUGUUUAGCAUCCUAAAUGGCUACUUCGAAGCAACCUCCUUGUUGCUGGCCGCUGGGGCCAGGGUGGACCUCCGAAACUCGCGGAACCGGACGGCCGUAGAUCUCGCGAGGGCCGUGCGAGCGCCACCUCUGCUGCUUGCAAGCCUCCAAAGCAGGCAGGCGACAGAGUCGGUAGGGGGACUGGUCGAAGACAGUCCCGACGACGUAAUCUCUUUGUGA